AUGUUGCGUAUACUCUCGUUGGUGUUAGUCACAUUUGCGUGCUUCACACUCUCUUUAGCAGUUCAAUGCAAUACUAAUCCGUGCGAAUUAGGGGGCGAUUUUGUGCCACCUAAUUAUCAAUGUCUUCCAGCCACGGAUAAUGUUAAUAAUGUCAUUUGUACAUGUCCCGAUGGUCAUGCCGAAAUAAAUCGACGUUGUCGUAUCUGUGAUACGAUCAAUUGUGGACCGAACGGAGUCUGUAUAGAAAGAUCGUUUUUCGAAGGUCUGUUCUAUGCAUGCGGAUGUACAAAUGGGACAAAUAAUUAUCUAAAUCCAGGACCAUGUCCCGGAGCUAAUCCAAUAACGACGACGACAACAACAACAGCGAUUCCUCCAACUGGCAUUUGUCUCAAUGGUGGUGUGUACAAUAGCAUAACCGGGACAUGCACGUGUAUCAAUGGCUAUACUGGUCUUUACUGUGAAAUACCAAGUGGCCAAACAGGUUGUCAAAAUGUAGUUUGUGCUAAUGGUGGUGUAUGUAAUCCUAAUCCUCCGACUGAAAAUGGAGUUCUCAUGCAUUGCACAUGUCCCGCUGGUUUUGCUGGUCCGAAUUGCGAAUUAGUUGGUACACUCGGUCGUUGCGUGGCAGGUCUUUGCCAAAACGGUGGUGCCUGCGAAGAAAGAGUCACUGGUUCUUUGAUCUACGCUUUCUGUCGAUGUCCACCGGGAAUAACAGGUCAAUGUUGUCAAUCUUCAUAUUUUUCGUGUCCAAUGACCGGCGUCUACGCUGAUCCAAUCAAUUGUAAAUUUGGAAGAUAUUUUCAAUGUAAUGGUUAUACACUCUCUUCUCUUUCAUGCCCGCGAGGUCUUCGAUAUAACUUCAUGAAGAUGCGUUGCGACACUGACGUUUCUUGUCCACCGUAA